AGUCUGAUAAUGUGCGUCGCACUGUGAAUUGCGUGUGCUCAUUAAAAUAUUCUGGAGCAGUGAGUUGAGCUUGUGUGCUAAUUAUAAUCACUAGGCAUUAAUUGUUUGUUAAAAAUGAAGCUGGUGCUUAGUGUUUUUUUAAUGAUUGCCUAUUUGGCCACGCCCAUGCUCGGUCAGCUUAACCACGGAAGAGUUUCACGUGGUCCCAUCUGCCAGUUUCCUGUGGGAAAGAUUGGUGAAUGCGUGGAUAUCAAGAACUGUGCAUCAAUUUUCAACGAGCUGAAAGUGAGACGAAAUGAUUCCAAUUUUGCAAAAGAACUGCGGGCCUCCAAUUUGAUCUGUGGUCGAGUUGGCAGCAAUGUCUGCUGCCCCACCGACAGUAAGCCAGUAAAACUCGUCGGUGAUGAUGAGAUACCACUUCGCCUGCCCACUGUGGAGGAGGGUUGCGGCUCUAGGCCCAAAAUUGAGAGAUACAUUAAAAUAAUUAUUGGCGGUAGUAGGUCAAUAAAGUCUUCCUGGCCUUGGAUUGCACUCCUUGGCUAUAGCGAUGGCUCCUCUUCACCAUUCAAGUGUGGCGGCACUUUGAUUACCGCCAGGCAUGUUAUCACAGCCGCCCAUUGCAUCAAAGACAAUCUAAUGUUUGUGCGACUGGGCGAAUAUAAUCUAAUGACGGAUUCGGAGGCACAGCAUGUUGAUAUACCUAUCGCAAAGAAAGUGGCAUAUCCACAUUACACGCGCCGGAAUGGACGCGGUGAUAUCGCAUUACUCUAUUUGGAACGAAAUGUUCAGUUUACGAACACGAUUAAACCCAUUUGUAUGCCCAGUAGUCCGACCUUGCGUACUAAGUCCUAUGUGUCAUCGAACCCUUUCGUUGCCGGCUGGGGCAGGACUCGAGAGGAUGGUGAAUCAUCCAACGUGCUGAGGGAACUGAUGAUACCCGUGCUGAGCAACGAAGUCUGUCGCACUCAGUAUGCAAAGGUGAAUCGUUAUUUCAAUGAAGAACAGUUCGAUAAUGCUGUACUCUGUGCGGGAGUACUCUCUGGAGGCAAGGACACGUGCUAUGGUGACUCGGGUGGUCCUCUCAUGAUAUCCGAAAUGGUCAGCAAUCAAAUGCGCUACUAUCUGAUUGGUGUGGUUUCCUACAGUGUGGGUUGUGCUAGGCCUGAGAUCCCCGGUGUCUAUGCGAGCACCCAAUACUUUAUGGACUGGGUACUUGAAAUGUUACUGGAUACGGCUUGACUUGGUUUUAGUUUGAGGAACAUGAAGUUCCCAUUCUGAAACCUUUAUUUUGCUAUUUCACAUCUUAUAUAUUUGUAUGUGCUUAAAGUAAAUAAUUACACUCACAAGCACAACCUUAAAUAUAUUUAAAUAUCAACG